GAAGCUUACGAAGCCUCGGAACGGACACGACACGACGUUCAGUACGCCCACCAGCUCAGACGACAUUGGAUCGGAAACGACGCGGGUGCUAUGUUUCUCUCUCAGUCUUGAGAGUACCUCGACAUAGAAAGGUGCCGCAGCUCUGGCAUGAUUCCCUGCUAAAUACUAAAAUGAGUGAUAAUAGUAGUGACGAAGAAGUUCUCGUUUUAACCCUUGCCUUAGCAGCUGCAGAGGAAGAAGAACAAGAAGAAAAACAGUGGAUACAUCCUAUAUGUGCAUCUAGAGAACAGGAAGGAGAAUAAUUCCACCACUACCCCACCACCCCAGACAGCUGAGACAAAAGGCGUAACAACACACUCAUGCAUACAACUUAUGUACGCCUCUAUCGUACCAGACGUCUAGUGCCAUCAGAGGCCGAGAUGCGGAAGACUGUGGCUGCAAUGGUGGGGGAGGAGAGCGCCGACACGGUGCACCUUGCAGCCUUCCUUACUAUCGCCAAGAAGCUGCUCCUGGACCGACGAUUCCCGGGAGUCGUCAAAGAGGAGAUCGAGCGGGCCCUUGCAGUACUGGCAAAGGAGGGUCGCACCUAUCUAGCAGAGGUGCAUCCCCAGCCGGAGUCGAAGUCUAGCGGAAUGUACGGCGAUGGAAAGAAGACGAUGUUUCGGCCGGCAGGGAGCCUGGGCCGGGAGGAGUUGGUGCGGCUGCUGACAUGCGAGGGAGAGGCGCUAACUCAGGAGGAGGCCGAGGAGAUGAUCUUGUCCCUGCCCAUGAAAGAUGCAGACCUGGUGGACCUGGACCAGUACGCCACGCAGCUGGUGCCGCCGCCAAAAUUCCACUGAGUCAGCCCAGCUCAUCUGUGUUUUUGUAUCCACUGAAAUAAAUGAAUAUGCUGACAAGCUGACUUUUUCGGCAUGAGGGUCACAUGGCUAGGAUUCAUGACUAUUCAUGUACUCGUGUUUUAGGGUGCUGAAUUCAAGGGUGCUGAAUUCAGUCUUCCGUAACCUCCAGUAUUUCAAAACAGUUGGAAGUACCUUGCAAUCAAAAAAAGUUUUAGCAGAACUGCAUGGCACAUACUUGUAGAGCAGGAAAUGUAUCGCGAACUUUUAUGCAUGUUAAUUAGAGAUAAAGUUUCUUGGUUAUGGAUAACUGUCGUCAGUCGCCAACAGAGGUUAUGAUCAGUCUUUUGCGUUACCUUUCCUUGUACCGGCACUGGUGAACGUGAGGAAAGAGGUCAUUUCUCGUAUAAAAGGAAAAAAGAACAAUUCCUUAUUGGUGCCUUUUCUUAAGCAGCAGCAUCACUAUUAUACCCUACCGCGAUUCAUGGUCCACGUGCUGUGAAAAUAAAUGGUCUAAUCUGC